AUAAUUAGAGCUGUUAUUUUCAGAUUGUUCCUUUGUCUUCUGAGGUUGCUGGUGGAUAAAGAUGGGCAUCGGUCAGUUGCUUUCUCUCUGACUGCAUCAUGGCUUGCGUGGCUUAUCCCAGCACAAGUGAGUCCCCCUUUUUGGCAGAAAGACAUGCUCGUCUCAUACUGGCCCAGAUCAAUAAGAUGAGAUGUGGACAGCACUUCUGUGAUGUGCAGCUCCAGGUUGGUGAUGAAGAAUUUAAGGUCCAUCGACUUGUCCUGGCUGCAAGCAGCCCUUACUUUGCCGCUCUGUUUGCUGGAGGGAUGAAAGAGUCUUCAAAGGAUGUUGUGCAGAUCCUGGGAGUGGAUGCUGACAUCUUUCAGAUUCUGUUGGACUUUAUUUACACAGGCAUCGUCAGCAUUGGAGAGAGUAAUGUCCAGGAGCUGAUUGUGGCUGCAGACAUGUUCCAGCUCACUGAAGUGGUGGACCUUUGCUGUGAAUUUCUAAAGGGACAGAUUGACCCCACAAACUGCAUUGGACUCUUCCAAUUCUCUGAGCAAAUUGCCUGUCAUGACCUGAUGGAAUUCACGGAGAAUUACAUCCAUGCCCACUUCCUGGACAUCCAGAAUGGAGAGGAAUUCCUGGCACUAACAAAAGACCAGCUUGUCAAGGUCUUACGAAGUGAGGAGCUGAGCAUAGAAGAUGAAUACCAGGUUUUCAUAGCAGCAAUGCAAUGGAUCUUGAAGGAUCUGGGGAGAAGAAAGAAACAUGUGGUAGAAGUGCUAGAUACAGUUAGAUUUCCUUUGCUACCUCCACAAAGACUCUUGAAGUACAUAGAAGGGGUUCCCGAUUUCAGUCUUCGAGUGGCUCUUCAAACUCUGUUAAAAGAAUAUUGUGAAGUGUCUAAGUCUCUCAAAGAGAACAAGGUGAGCAGUUUCCUGCAGCCAUCUAAGGCACGUCCUCGAAGGAAAGCCAGGAAGUAUCUUUAUGCUGUAGGUGGAUAUACUCGUCUGCAGGGGGGCCGCUGGAGUGACAGCAGAGCCCUUAGUUGUGUGGAGCGUUUUGACACUUUCAGUCAGUACUGGACUACCGUGUCUUCCUUGCACCAGGCUCGCAGUGGGCUGGGAGUUGUUGUGGUAGGAGGAAUGGUCUACGCUAUAGGAGGUGAAAAAGAUUCCAUGAUUUUUGACUGUACCGAACGCUAUGACCCUGUUACUAAGCAGUGGGCAACGACAGCUUCCAUGAACCAUCCUCGCUGUGGAUUAGGAGUGUGCGCCUGUUAUGGAGCCAUUUAUGCUUUUGGCGGUUGGGUUGGAGCAGAGAUUGGCACUUCAAUUGAACGUUUUGAUCCUGAUGAUAAUAACUGGGAAGUGGUGGGCCACAUGGCGGUGCCUCGUUACAAUUUCGGAUGCUGUGAAAUACAAGGUUUAAUUUAUGUUGUUGGAGGCAUUGGCAAUGAAGGAAUAGAACUGUGUUCUGUGGAAGUCUAUGAUCCAAUAUCUAAGCGCUGGUCUGCACUCCCUCCAAUGGGUACCAGAAGGGCAUAUUUGGGUGUGGCUGCUCUGAACGACUGUAUUUAUGCCAUUGGAGGAUGGAAUGAGGCACAAGAUGCGCUCCCAACUGUCGAGAAAUACUCCUUUGAAGAGGAGAAAUGGGUGGAAGUUGCUUCGAUGAAGGCUCCAAGAGCCGGCGUGUGCGUCGCAGCUGUAAAUGGCCUACUGUAUGCCACAGGAGGCAGGACUGCCAGCUAUGAUUCUGCUGCCCCAGUAACUUCAGAUUCUGUCGAGGUUUAUAAUCCACAUAUGGAUGCUUGGACUGAAAUCGCUAACAUGAUCACCAGCCGUUGUGAGGGAGGUGUGGCAGUGCUUUGAAGAAGACAAUCCUUG